GUCAAAAUACAAAUUAAGUGUACCAAUUAAAUCAAUAAUAUUUUCGUAAGGAAGUAAGUUUGGAAGGACCACAAACAAAACAAAAUGUUUCUAGACACUCCAAAAAGGCCACCUCGAACCCGGCGCUAUGUGGAGAUGGCAUUCGAUCAAGUCAAAUCGAAGAAACAUGUCCGGGACGUAGUGAUUCUCAACGACUCGGGGCAUCCUGUAAGGAGUACAAUGGACCAGGACGAUGCCGUGCAGUUCUCAGGACAGUUCCAGGCCAUUCGGGGAAGAUUGGAACGUGGGAUGAGCAAAAUUGAUCCCACAGAUGAGCUGCUGAUGCUGCGGGUGCGCACAAAAACUAACGAGGUUCUCUUAGUGCCAGACUCCAAAAUAACAGUACUCGUAGUGCAGGACGCGCAUGAUAACUUUGAAAAGUAAACUAAUAGAAGUGAUUCCCCCAACUUCCAGUUUUCAAAUUGUAUUCCCAUCCUGAAUAUCUGACACAUAACUUGUCAGUCACA